AUUUUUUUUUGGAGUAGGAAAUUUUAUUUCGCCGAAUUGUGUUUUACUACUACUGUUUUAAAUUGUUGCUAAAAAUAAAUAUAAAUAAUAAUUAGCAAUUAUCGAAGGACAUCUGUUCUAAUAUAAAAACAUUAUUGGUUACGAAAUUAUACCGCAAAAAUAGGGUCUUUUCGGCUUUUGAUAAUAUGUGAGAGGGUGAAAUUGCUCCUACUAACCCCAAAAAAAGCUAUGAAAAAAAUGGUUAAUAUAACAUGAGCUCCAGAGGGGACGAGCCUCACCAUAAAGGCUCAUCGAGCAAAUCGACGAUUCAAGAAAAAGUGGCAACCUUGUUCUACAGCAUAGGACUUUUGUGCAGCAGCUAUCCUACUUCGGUCUUGGUAUUCGCCAUUGUUUUUAUCGUCAGUUGUUGUAUGCCGUUGUUGAAUGUUCCACUGCCCUUAACAACCCCAAAACAAGAAUGGAUUCCAACCUUAAACCUCUCGACCUCCCUAGAGCCUUACUGCUAUGUUCAACAGGUCAUUUUAAAGGUCGCAGUUCUACCUUGGGAAGCUGACCUUACUUUAGGUGAUGCCUUUAGGGCUCCCCUUUAUGAAUCUUUUAAAGUUUUAGAUAUUGUAAGGAAUUAUCAGGACAGGAAUAGUUUAAAGACUUUAGGUCACGUGUGUCUGCAUAUUGAAGCCGUAGCCAAAGGCAGAGCCUAUUCGCCAGUUAUGCCUCAGUAUAGUUGCCUAGUUUUAUCUCCUGCUAAUUUUUGGCAUCAGGAUUUCAACCAGUUUAGUCAGGAUAGUUCAAUAUUGACUACUAUAUUUAAUCAGCAUAAAUACCAAAAAGGCAAAGUCUCUGUGUCGGAAAUGCUAUUUGGAAUGCCCUUGCGUGAUACUGGGAUUAAAAGGUAUCCGUUGAGGCAUAGGCAAAGGAUAAUUCAGUUUGCUGUUACUUUGUUUUUUAAGGAUUAUGAUAGGGAAUUCAUUCAAGGCCUUCAAGAAAAAUUAGCCUCAGUAUACCCCUUACAUCAAAACAUUACUAAAGUCUUGACAACAUUAAACGACACGUUAAUAAUAAAUUAUCCAGAAGAAAUCGACUAUUUCGAAUUAGCUCCUAUCAUAGCAGCUUUCAUAGUAUUGUACUUAUACUACUAUUUUUAUGUCAGGAAAAUCGAAGAAAUCAAAUCAAAAGCUGGCAUGUCCUUUACAGCCAUGUUCACAGUACUUUGUAGCUUAUUAAUGACGAUGGGAAUUUGUUUUAUUUUCGGUCUCACUCUGAACAACCAAAGAGGUAGAUGGGUGUUUCCAUAUUUGGCCAUUCUAUUUGGUCUCGAGAACGUUUUAGUUCUCACUAAAAGCGUUUUAGCGACGCCCUCGCAUUUGGACGCUAAAAUUCGAUUGGCUCAAGGCUUGAGCAAGGAAGGUUGGAGCACAACAAAAACUUUACUCACAGAAAUCACUAUUUUUACUAUCGGACUUUUCACUUUUGUACCUGUGAUACAAGAAUUUUGCAUAUUUGCUUUAAUUAGUUUAAUAAGUGGGUUGUUUCUUCAAAUAUUUUUUUUCUCCACUGUUCUUGGAAUUGACUUGAACAGGGCUAGUACAACUAUUGAAAGGACCAAUCAAGGUUUUCGGAAUGCUUUGUAUCAGCCUUUGAUUAACACUGAAAAUUCAAUUUUUGGUAAUAAAGGCAUGAGCCGGUCAAGAUCUCAUCCUAGAUUAAGUUUUCCUACAAAUGUUGUAGCAAGUCAAAAACUCAAUAAUACUCAAGAUAAAAAGUUACCUAAAAGGCUUAGGAUUGUCAAUGUUUGGGCCAGGACUAGGUUUUUUCAAAGGGCCUUCAUGAUUUUAAUGGUUGUGUGGAUUUGUAUGAUUAUUUACAACAGCGAUGUUAUCAAUAACUAUUUCCUAAACACUUUGGACGAUAGGAAAAAUAAUAGCGGCAAACAUCAAGUACAACGCAACUAUCUUAACUUAAACUUUUUCCCGCUAAUUAACCUAACUAAAACCGUAAACUAUGUCACAUACAAACCCUUGGAAAUUGAAAGACCAAAUCAAUCGUUUGACGUAGAAAAAAUGAAGCCCUCCGAGUACGCCCCUUGGAUAAAACUUUCCAGCGAGCAUUGGUCCUCUAUAUUAAGGAAAUAUAAUGUUUGUUUGAGCGGGAAAAGCCUGGCAGUGUUGCCGAGCAUUAAGUUGGCUCACAUUAUCAGCCCGGAACAAGCUGUUUUGUUGAGGAAUCCUGAAGAAAAAUAUGGGAAUAAUUUGCAGUGGCAAGCGUUGGCGGCAGCACUGGAUCCUAUAGAUUUUAAUGGAGACGAUUUCCCAGCCACAGACCAAAUAGAACAACCAUUCUAUCCAAGAUCGCCCAUGGAAAUUAUGCUCCUAUCCAUAUUAAUCUUGAUCAGCGUCAUUGUCAUGGCCUACGGUUUCGUGGUCCUCUACAAAUGCGUCUGUUCGAGAAACUACGCCGAAUGGCGCGCUUCUUGGUAUCCGGAAAAAAACGAAGACCCCAUCGAGGACCAAUACAUGUUGGAGGCCGUACCUGUUGUCUUGGACGGGCACAGCCAAGAGGUUGAAUGUAUAGCAACUGAUGGAGUACAUUUGGCAAGUGUAUGUUUAGGAGGCCGUCUUAAAAUUUGGGAUAAUAGUACUGGAGAGCUGAUGACUGUUAUAGAUAGGAAAGCGCAUUUUAGCCAAAACGAACAGGAGAGUGAGUUUUGUUUUGAAAACGAUGACGCGUCUGAUUACGAAUCAGGCUCUCCACCUUCACGAGAUGAAGUUUUUCCUCUACUCAUUAACAGAAUCAAUACAGACUUUUCAAGUCUAAGAUCUCGUAGCUCAGCUGCUGGAAAUAACACGUUUAAUUCCAGAUACGAGUUUUAUAAAGCGUACAAGUUUCAUUAUACCAGUGAUAAAUCCACAAGGUAUAAUGUUUUUGCACAUAGAAAUAGUGCGGAAGAGGAAGGGUUAGGUAGAAAAACUAGUGACAGUGGCAAUAGCGCUGGGAAAUUGUCCUCAGUUUGGUGCAUGGAUUACGUUGAUAAUCUUAUAAUUAUUGGCUGUGCCGAUGGGAGGCUUGAAUUUUGGGAGGCUACAACCCAAAAAUUAAAGUGUAUUUUUGAAGACGGUAACGAUUCAGGCGUUACAAACGUAAAACUGAUUAGUUCUCGCGUAAUAGUGGCAAGACUGUGCGGUUCUUUGGAUUUUUUCCAGCUGCAAACCUACAACCAAGGAAGACCCGUCGACUGGAACUUCACUUGCGCCUACAGGAGAACUCAUAUCCGAACAGGCUCGAUGGGGUCCAUAUCUGAAAGGGAAAUAAACAAUCAGAACGACUCUGAAGAUUUGAGGUGCAUCAAAUUGCAAAGUGUAAAAGCGCAUCAGCAACCGAUAACUUGUUUGGACUGCGAAGGGGGUAGAAUAGUGACUGGUAGUCAGGAUCAUACAUUGAAAGUGUACAGGGUGGAAAAUGGAGAGCUGUUGUACACUUUGCACGGACAUUGUGGGCCUAUUACUUGUCUGUUUAUUGAUAGAGUGUGUCCUGCCACGUCCGGGAGUGGAUCUCAGGAUGGGAUGUUGUGCGUUUGGGAUUUGUUAUCAGGAACCUGUAUGUACAGUAUCCAAGCCCACGACGGCUGCAUCAUCUCACUAACUUACUCAGCAAGCUACGUAAUCUCGUUGGCCAUAGACGAACGCCUGUGCGUUUGGGAACGUUUCCAGGGACAUCUUCUGAACACAAUUUUCGUGGGACAAGUUUUUUCGAAUCACGUCCUAAUGCUGGCACCCCAUUUGGUUGUCACCGGUCGUAACGGCGGUCUAGUGAUAUGGGACGUGAGAAAUGGAGAAUGUGUUCAAACUAUUACUUUAGGACGAGAUCCGUUUGUUUUUAUUAAUCAGUUGAUUUUGCUUAGGGACGCUGUAUUGUGUGAUUACGGGAGACAGUUGAGGAUUGUUAGGUUUCCGUUGAUUACUCAUAAGUUUGAUUAGAUGCAGAAGUGAUACAAGAGACGAAUUUAUUUAGUUAAUAUCUAUAGUAUGUUUAUAGAUAAAGUACUUAGUUAAUCCAGAUAGAGCAGAGAUAAGUAGGUAUCUCUCUAUAGUUUUUGUACUAAACAAAAAUCUUGUCUGCAAUAGUUUUUCUGCUUAAAAUAAAGUUGGGCAUAAUGCUUUUGCCUGUUCCAAGUUAUGCUUAAAAUUGUGCCAAGCUUUUGAGUAUGCCAAAAGAUUUUUAGAGCGUUAUUAAGUGGCAUAUUGUUUUGUGUUUAAUUUUGCACUAAAGCAUUUUUGUUUAUAUUAUGUACAGCUAGAUUAAGUAAUAGAAUUUGAGAAAAAAAUUAUAUUUUCAUAGAAAAGAAUGAAAUGGUUUAAUAUUUUUAUUAAAAUUGUUUGUGCCUUAGUUUGUUGCACUAAAUUAAAUACUUAGUUUAUUAAUAAGAAGUAUGAAAAUGUACAUUAGUAUUAAGUAAGACGACUUAAUUUAUUUUAAAUUAUUUUCUAAUUUGUUUGUUUUUAAUGUUUUAGAUACUCUACUCACCCGCUGUCUUUUGUAAUUUGAAUAUUUAUUUUUGGAAGUAAAUGUUUUUGGCAUUAUUAAACAAGUUCUACUGUUAUAUGAUAUAUGAACGGUCUUUCAAUUAAUAUUACUUAUUUAUUGAUACUUAAUGUUGAUAAUUUUGUCAAUUUUUAAGAUUUUCAAUAAAAAUUCUUAUUAAAAAUAUUGAUGUGUGUACAAAAUAGGGUGGCCUUGACAGUAUUAAUUUGCAAAGUGCAACAAUUAGGCCCGGCCUCUGAUAAAAAUUCAGCUGUUGUCGGCACGUGUAUGGCCUCUCUCGAGCAAUAUACGACUGUGACGUCAUUUCAGGGUCGCACAAGUUCCUCUUACUGACUGCAGUAAUUUAAACAUCAUAAUUAAUAUUCUACGUGGGGAAGUGGGUGGUUAAUUGAAAGUGAAAUUUUUUUUUCCUGGGUUGCGAGCCAUUUUACAAUAUUAUAAAGAAUUUAUAUUUAUUGGCCAUGGUCUAUUGAAUUUCGAUUUGGCUUAUGUUUGUUGCAUCGAAAUAAAACAUUUUAGCAAUUCUU